AUGCGAAAGCCAAGAAGCAACAUGAUGCUCACCAACAACCUGUCGUCGAUGCUUGGGAUGGGCGUUGUGCUGUUGUUUGUGAUCGGUGGGCUAGUGGGUCCCGUUCGUGGUCAGCGCACACCAACCAUCUCCUACAUCACGCAGGAGCAGAUCAAGGACAUUGGUGGCACGGUCGAGCUGGAUUGCUCGGUCCUGUACGCUAGCGACUACUCGGUGCACUGGGUGAAGACCAGCAACGACCGAUCGGACGUGGUCUUUCUCUCCACGGGCAGUUCGCUUGUGCUGAAGGAUUCGCGCUUCUCCCUACGGUACGAUCUGUCCUCCACGUCCUACACGCUUCAGAUCAAGGACAUCCAGGAAACGGACGCCGGUAUCUACCAGUGUCAGGUGGUGCUGUCGGUGACGAACAAAAUCUCGGCCGAGGUCGCACUGAACGUCCGUCGACCACCGAUCAUCUCGGACAACUCCACCCAAUCGUUGGUUGUGUCCGAAGGUCAACCUGCCCAGAUGGAGUGCUACGCUUCUGGAUAUCCAGUGCCGCAGAUUACCUGGCGUCGCGAGAAUAACGCUAUCCUGCCGACAGGUGGUGCUACCUAUUCGGGCAACGUGCUGAACAUCCACGCGGUACAUAAGGGAGACCGUGGCACGUACUACUGUGUGGCCGACAAUGGUGUCAGUCGGGGCGAUCGACGUAACGUCAAUCUGGAGGUAGAGUUUGCACCGGUAGUUACCGUGCCGAGACCGCGCGUGGAGCAGGCCCUUCAGUACGAUAUGGAUCUGGAGUGUCACAUCGAAGCGUACCCACCGCCGGCCAUCCGUUGGUUGAAGGAUAGUGUGCAGUUGUCCAGCAAUCAGCACUACCAGCUGUCUCAGUUUGCGACCGCGGACGAGUUUACCGAUUCGACGCUGCGUGUUAUUACCGCCGAGAAGCGUCAGUACGGCGAGUACAUCUGUCAGGCGACGAAUAAGCUGGGUGAGGCGGAGGGUCGCGUUGAGUUUACCGAGUCCGUUAUUCCCGUGUGUCCGCCGGCAUGCGGGCAGGCACACUAUGGUGGAGGUUCAAGUGUGAUUUCCGUCUCGAGCGUUCUGAUGGCGGUGGCCACCGUACUGACGAUGGUGGCGAUUGCACAGUACGCGAAGCGUGCGUAA